GCAUCAUCAUCAUCCAUGGUCGUACUCACACGGCCCAGCACUGCUUUGGCAGCGGCUCGGGGCGGUCUCUUGCGCGGACCCUCGCGCGCAGCGCGCCGCUGCGUGGCCCCAAGGAGUGAGCUGGACCUGGACAAUGCCUCGGUGCUUGUCGCAGGAGGUGGAGGCUGCGGGAUCGAGGUGACAAGAAGGCUCAAGGAUCUGGGCUCCUGGGUGUGGCAGCUGCAGCGCACCGAUGUGCGCAGGAAGGAGAUUGAAAGCAUGAUGGCGAUUGUCGUCAACGGCGACGCCUGCAAACCUGAGGAUGUUGAGCGGGCGUUUGCCAGCAUUGACGGCGUUGAUGCCGUGGUUAGCACCAUUGGCGGCACCACGGCCGACCCCACCGCCGAUUCUCAGGGAAACAUCAAUCUGAUAGAGGCAGCGGUGCGGCACGGCGUCAAAAAGUUUGUGCUGGUGACAAGUAUCGGCACUGGUGACAGCAAGGGGGCCACCCCGCCUCACGUUUACGAUGUGCUGAAGCCGGUGCUGCUGGAAAAGGAGAAGGCAGAGGAUCGGCUCAAGGAGGCUGGCAACACGCUGUCCUUUGUGAUUGUGCGACCAGGCGGCCUGAAAAGUGAACCAGCCACCGGCACCGGUGUGCUGACAGAGGACACGACGGUGUGCGGCAGCAUUACACGUGCCGACGUGGCAGAUCUAGUUGUCAAGGCGCUCAGAAGGCAAGGUCGCUCCCUCAACCUCACCAUGCCCUUGUUUGGAUGUCACCUCACAAAUGCGUUCCUUUCAUUGUGCAGCGACAAGACAAAUGGCAAGGUAUUGUCGGCUGUGGAUUCUGUCAGCAUAGCAGAGCCCAAGUUUGAGGUGUUUCAGUGCUAAAACUAAGCCUUAUGGUCCACGCUGCGCCGCCAAUCACGCUUCAGCCUCUUCUGUGUUGCUUGUGCACUUUCACUAACUGGCGUUCAAACGUGCCAUGCGGCGCCGUCUAGCGGGCCCGAGCGGAUGACCCAAAAGCAAGCUUUGAAUUUCUUUCCCUGGUUCUGUACACGAUCAGAAAUCGGUAGAUGUAAGUUAAGAGGUUCC